UGAAUGCAACACGUUUGCAGCGCGUGUUGUGCGCGAUUUGCGCGGAGCAUCUCUGCGCCUCGUCUUUGCGCCUCGUGCCAUUUUCGCGCAGAGCAGCCGCCCCGCAUCACGCACGCGUCCGAGGCGUUCUGACAUAAAGCGCUCGCAUCCCGUGCUCGAUUCCCUCAGACGACCCUCGCAGCCCCACGGACCGCCUCCUGGAGAGACGCGGCUGGCUCUGUUGAAACCCACGCGCGCGCAUGCAUGUGUAUUUUUGGACGCAUGGUUUCGCGCAGAGAAUCGACAGUUCCUCAGAGAAAGAUGGGACGCGGUCCGAGCAGCGUUUCCACGCAACAGCAGCGCAGGCGGCUGUGAGGAGCAGAUGCUGCUGCAGGGAGACACGGCUCUGUAGAUCUGGUGGUGGGGGGGCUCUGUAACCCCCCAGCGUCCUCCUUAAAGCCAAUGCAGCGACAAAAUGAACCAGUCGGGGGCUCGACCCACGAUGGCCCAGCGGAGCGCAGUUCUCCACCCUUCUCCCAUCGUGAGCACACAGACAGCCCACAGCAGGAGGAAGCCACGAUGAAGAGGUGGAGCGAGGACUACCUGCCCGUCCCUGGUGAGGAGAACAACCUGGAUGGAGACUUCAGCAGCAAGGCUAGGGAUGACGAGUCCAUACCAAUGAAGACUCUGGAUGAUGUGCAUCAACGUCUCGGCCCGUUCUUUUCUGACGGACGGCGCCGUGUGGACUAUGUACUGACGUACAGCAUUCAGAAGCCCGGUGGUGUCCGGCGGAGGUCAUCCAAAUUUAGUGACACCAACUUCCUACGGCGGCUGCGCCACAGCCUGAGCAUGAGGAGCAGUCGAGCGCCCCAGCAGCCGAAGGAGGACCCGGAGAUUGUUGCCCAGGAGCAACGGACUGACUACCACGAGGAUGACAAGCGCUUCAGGAGGGAGGAGUUUGAGGAAAACCUCCUUGAGAUGGGACUGGAGCUGGAGAAAGAUGAAGGGAGUAAAAUCCCUGGGAUUGGCUUCUUGAAGAUCCAUGCUCCUUGGAGUGUUUUGUGUCGAGAGGCUGAGUUCAUGAAGCUCAAGAUGCCAACGAAGAAGGUUUAUGAGGUUAAACAAGGCAGCAAUCUGGUAGAGAAGGUCCGUCUGUUCAUUCACAAAGUCACGGGUCCUCUCCACCCCAAAGUGGACGCCAACCGACCACAAAACGUCAAACCUCUGUCUCAUCCGUUUUCCAGGGAGAAAAGGCAUUUGUUUGAUCUGUCUGACAGAGACAAGUUCUUUGACAGCAAGACCAGAAGUUCAAUAGUUUAUGAGGUACUGAAGAGGACAAGAUGCACAAAAGCCAAGUAUUCCAUGGGUAGGGCAUCUGAUUUUACAUAG